AUGAGAGGGUAUAACGAACUCUCAGUAGCCGAGCUGAAGGAAAUACUUCGGUCUUACGGUUUGUCGACCACUGGCGUUAAGGUCGAAUUAAUAAAGCGUUUGAACGAAUACGAUCCCACCAGCACACGGAUGAACGAAAUGGAUAAGGAGAGAGUAGAUGAAGAUAUGAAUACGAAUACAGGACCGGCUAGUGAGGAAGGCGAGAGCACGCAAUCAACCGCUGAUAGCGGAUUACCACGAGAAAACGUACCAGAGUGGGCAACGAGAGAGAUAGAAUUGCGACGAGAACGCGACCUGUUAAGAAGAGAGUUACACUUAUCGAGAAGAGAGCAAGAAAUUAGGGAAACAGAGCAACCAGUCGGCGCCAAAAUCGAUCGGCAGCGUCAAUAA